ACCCUCUCACUCCACUCUUCUCCCUCGCCCACAGAGGCCGCAGCUGUCAGCACCAGCAUGUCUUACAGCGUUACCCUGACCGGGCCUGGACCCUGGGGCUUCCGCCUACAGGGGGGCAAGGACUUCAACAUGCCGCUCACGAUCUCCCGGAUCACACCAGGCAGCAAGGCGGCCCAGUCCCAGCUCAGCCAGGGUGACCUUGUGGUGGCCAUCGAUGGUGUCAAUACAGACACCAUGACCCAUUUGGAGGCCCAGAACAAGAUCAAGUCUGCCAGCUACAACCUGAGCCUCACACUGCAAAAGUCAAAGCGCCCCGUUCCCAUCUCCACGACGGCGCCCCCAGUCCAGUCCCCUCUCCCGGUGAUUCCCCACCAGAAGGACCCUGCUCCGGACACGAACGGCGGCCCGGUGGUGCCCAGCCCUGACCCUGAGGCGAGGGUCAGCCCUGUCAGCCCGGGCACCCCCGAGCUCAGGCAGACCUUUAGCUCCUCCUUCUCCCAGGCCUCCAUCUUCUCCUCACAAACAGAGGCUUCUGACUCCGGCCCUCCUCGGGCCAGCCCAGGGGCCAAGACAAGCCCGGAGGGGGCCCUGGACUCACUCAGCCCCAAAGCACCACUGGGCCCAAGCCAGCCAAGGCAGUAUAACAACCCCAUUGGCCUGUACUCGGCAGAGACUCUGAGGGAGAUGGCUCAAAUGUAUCAGAUGAGCCUCCGAGGGAAGGCCUCAGGUGCUGGACUCCCAGGAGGUGCUGACUACCAGGAACGCUUCAACCCCAACGCCCUGAAGGACUCAGCCCUGUCGACCCACAAGCCCAUUGAGGUGAAGGGGCUGGGUGGCAAGGCCACCAUCAUCCACGCACAAUACAACACACCCAUCAGCAUGUACUCCCAGGAUGCCAUCAUGGAUGCCAUCGCCGGGCAGGCCCAGGCCCAGGGCAGUGACUUCAGUGGGAAUCUGCCUAUGAAAGACCUGGCUGUAGACAGUGCCUCACCCGUGUAUCAGGCGGUGAUUAAGAACCAGAACAAGCCUGAAGAUGAGGCUGAUGAGUGGGCCCGCCGCUCCUCCAACCUGCAGUCUCGCUCCUUCCGCAUCUUGGCUCAGAUGACAGGGACAGAAUUUAUGCAAGACCCUGAUGAGGAAGCUUUGCGAAGGUCAAGGCCUCAGGCCUCUGCCUACAACCCUGCCGCUGUGACCUCUCCAGCACCUGCUGCCCACACGUACAGUGAGGCCCCAGCAGCCCCUGCACCCAAACCCCGGGUUGUCACCACUGCCAGCAUCCGACCCUCUGUCUACCAGUCAGUGCCUACAUCUACCUACAGUCCAUCCCCCGGCGCCAAUUAUAGUUCAACUCCCUACACCCCCUCACCUGCCCCCGCCUACACCCCCUCACCUGCUCCCACCUACAGCCCCUCUCCUUCUCCUGCCCCCACCUAUACACCCUCUCCUGCCCCCACCUACUCCCCUUCCCCUGCCCCAAGUUAUAACCCCCCACCCUCAGGGGCCUAUAGUGGAGGCCCUGUGGAGACUGCUAGUCGCCCACCAUGGGUGACGGACGACAACUUCUCUCAGAAGUUUGCCCCUGGCAAGGGCACCACCUCCAUCAGCAAGCAGACCCUGCCUCGAGGGGCCUAUACCCCAACAGGUGCUCCCCAUGCCAGGGGCAUUGUUCAGAGGGCUGAGCGCUUCCCAGCCAGUAGCCGAACUCCACUCUGCGGUCACUGCAACAACAUCAUCCGGGGCCCUUUCCUGGUAGCCAUGGGCCGCUCCUGGCACCCAGAAGAGUUCAACUGUGCCUACUGCAAGACCUCCCUGGCAGACAUGUGCUUUGUGGAGGAGCAGAACAAUGUUUACUGUGAACGGUGUUACGAGCAGUUCUUCGCUCCAAUCUGUGCCAAGUGCAACACCAAAAUCAUGGGGGAAGUGAUGCAUGCCCUGAGACAGACUUGGCACACCACCUGCUUCAUCUGUGCGGCCUGCAAGAAGCCCUUUGGGAAUAGCCUCUUCCAUAUGGAAGAUGGGGAGCCCUAUUGUGAGAAAGACUACAUCAACCUGUUCAGCACCAAGUGUCAUGGAUGUGACUUCCCUGUGGAGGCUGGUGACAAGUUUAUUGAAGCCCUGGGGCACACCUGGCAUGACACCUGCUUCAUUUGUGCAGUCUGCCAUGUGAAUCUGGAGGGGCAGCCAUUCUACUCCAAGAAGGAUAGACCCCUCUGCAAGAAGCACGCGCACGCCAUCAAUGUGUAGGCAGCGCUGGGAUCUGCUGCAGUCAGACCACGACCCCUCCUGCUGCUGUCAACAAAGGAUUCAAGGGGACUGAUGUUUCUUUUGGGGGGUAAGGGGAAAGGAAGGAUGCAAGAGUCCUUUUGAAGUAUAAUUUUAGUCCUCUCUUCUGUUUAGUUCAGACCAGAAGCCCAAUGAAGGUUCUUAUCCAAAUUAGUCAUUCAUCCAGGGCUGGAAUUGUACUUCACACAUUUAGGGCAGAAUUCCAAGAACUCAGAAGUGAAAAAACAAUAGGUAACUUUCCCAAAGUGAUCCCCUCCCCUGAGGUCACCAGAGCAGGGUCAGAGCUCAGAGCAGCUGUGGAGAAUGGGAGGCAUUCUGUGAGUUCUUCGUGCUCCUUGGCAAGCAAAGCAAAGUGCCAAACAGUACUCACUGCAGGGUAUUUUUAGAGCCAUAGCUGAGAGCUUGUUAGCUAAGACCAAUUGGACUUUCCUCACCAAAAAAGGAAGUGUUAUUCCAUUACUAGCGUCAUGGAGCUACCUCUGCACAUCAGACUUCAGACCUUGA